GGGGGGGAUUUGAUUACAGAGCGGAGGAUGAGGAUGCAGUGGGAACGGCGUGUUGUAGAGGAAGAAAGAAGAAAACAAACUAGAGCACAGGCUGUUUGAUCAAGGUCUAAAGAUGUAGGAGCUGCACCCAAGGAAGCAGGCAGUCAGCGUGUCUGUGAACGCACCAUAACAUCUGGGGACUUGUUGUGGUUCAAGGAUAGUGAAGGUGGAGAGGCGCAAUCUGAGAAGUCCCCUCUCGCCACCUCCACUUCCACAGAGGAUGACAAAUUAAUCCUUAUUCAUCAAGGAGCGAAGAAUCACCCCGAGCAUGCUGCUCCAGUCCCAGCUGACCUGUCUGCGAUGAAGUGUUGUUGUUGUCUCUUGAUGUGAUGUCGUUAUCCAGGAUCAGAUGUUGUCCACAGCUCAGCAGAUGCUUCAGGAUAGCCGCUCCAGGAUCGAGCUGAUCCGACUGCAGAUUAUCAAAGUCGCCCAGGCUGGCAGCGGCAGCAGCAGCAGUGGCGGUGUUGAUGGUUGUGGAUACCCUAACAGCUCCACUCACGGAGGUCAGAGUGCUGGGGCAAGGAUCUCUCCCCUCGCUGCCAGUCCUGUGGAAGCUCGCUUGGUAGAGUUGCAGCACUAUGUGCAGAGGGAGGCGGAUGCGUUGGUGCUGGCCAAAGAUGUGGUGAAGGAGCUUGAAGGGAUCUCAUCGUUGGACCAGAAGGCUCUGGCUGAGGCUCAGUCCCGGGUGCAGGAGUCCUCCCAAAAACUGGGUCUUCUGCAGCUUUCCCUGAAGAAAUGCCUGAAGGAAAAGAACCAGGAGCCUCUGCAACAGCCUGCACAGGGGGGACCGCCGUCAUCCCAAAACCCCAGACCAGGGUGUGCCCUCUCCACCUCGCCGUCCAUCUUCUCCAUCAGGCCCGCCUCCUUAAACGGCAAACUUGAAGUCCGGCUUCUUGGAUGUGAGGAUUUACUGAAACCUAAUUCAGAGCAGGAAGUCCAUCCAAGCCCUGCAGAGACACCAGCUGCUCACAAAACAGACGGAUCUCCAGAGAUCAGUGCCGUGCUCAGGCUGGACGGCAGAGUGGUCGGCAGGACGUGCUGGGCAGCCGUCAGCAGGCUGAGCUGGGACCAGACCUUCUGCUUCCAGCUGGAGCGGUCCCGGGAGCUGGAGGUCGGUGUCUUCUGGCGGGACCGGAGGGCGAUGUGUGCACUCAAGUUCCUGCGACUGGAGGAGAUGAUGGACAACCCAAACCACAACCAGGGGAUAACCUUAGAGCCGCAGGGCCUCCUCUACACUAAGCUUCGAUUUAUCGACGUUGUGCUCGAGCGGCAGCCAAAACUGAGACGUCAGCGAUGUAUCUUCACUAAAGAGAGAGGGAAGAACUUUCUCAGAGCGGCUCAGAUGAACAUGAAUUUUGCCACCUGGGGUCAUCUGAUGAUGAGCAUCCUCCCUCGCUACAGCUCCUUCACCACGUUCAGCUCUUCUUUCUCCACGACCCCUGACCUGAUGGGCAACAACGCAACCCGUCCAACUGAAAAGGAGCCUCAAACCACCACUUCACUGCCAAGCGAGGCUCCUGUAAUCAGACUGAGCGUCACUGAGGAUCAGCCCCCUCCCACCAUCCUCGACCAGGAAGAAAACACAGCCAGCGUCAUCACUGCAGCCCACAGAGCAUCGCCUGUGCCCGCACUGCAAGAAAAACAGUCUUCCACAGAAGAAAGUGAAGAUCAGCCUGCAUCUGCUCUAAAGAUGCAGAUGGAAGAUUUUAAAUAUACUUCGGUUCUUGGCCGAGGACACUUUGGGAAGGUCCUGCUGGCAGAGUUUAAGAAAACUGGAAAAUUGUACGCCAUCAAAGCCUUGAAGAAAAGAGACAUCGUGACUCGUGAUGAAGUGGACAGCCUUAUGAGCGAGAAGAGGAUCUUUGAGAUGAUCAACGCGUCCAGACAUCCAUUCCUGGUCAACCUCCACGGCUGCUUCCAGACCGGCGACCACGUCUGCUUCGUCAUGGAGUAUUUACCCGGCGGUGACCUCAUGAUCCACAUCCACAACGAUGUGUUCACCGAGGCCCAGACCAGGUUUUACUCAGCAUGCGUCCUGCUGGGUUUAGAGUUCCUGCAUCUGAAUAAAAUCAUCUAUCGAGAUCUGAAGCUGGACAACCUGUUAAUGGAUGCAGAUGGAUUUGUGAAAAUCACAGACUUUGGACUUUGCAAAGAAGGGAUGGGUCACGGCGAUCGGACCUCGACCUUCUGUGGGACUCCUGAGUUUCUUGCUCCUGAAGUGCUGACAGACGACAACUAUACCCGAGCGGUGGACUGGUGGGGGAUGGGCGUCCUAAUCUACGAAAUGCUUGUCGGAGAGUCUCCGUUCCCUGGUGAAGAUGAGGAGGAGGUUUUUGACAGCAUCGUAAAUGAUGACGUGCAGUAUCCAACCUGUCUUCCUCCUGAUGCCGUCUCCAUCAUCCAGAAGCUGCUGAAGAAGAACCCGCUGAAAAGGCUCGGAGCUGGAGAAAGGGACGCAAACGAGGUCAAAGGAGAGAAAUUCUUUGAGACCAUCGACUGGGAAGCCCUGCUGGCGAAGAAAGUAACCCCGCCCUUCCUGCCGUCGAUCAAGGAGCCCACUGAUGUCAGCAACUUCGACAGCGAGUUCACGCGGCUCCAGCCAAUCCUGUCGCCUCCCUCCAAGCCCUUCAGCCUCUCUGCUGAGCAGCAGGAAGCGUUUGCAGACUUUGACUUUUGCGCCCUGCACGGGUGAAAUCUAAGCUGAAAUGAUCGGGGGGGGGAUUACAACCAGAAUGUCCACAUUAGUGUCCGCACUGGCAGGUAACCCACGUUCAUCAUAACCACAACCCUCCGCUGGCAAGCUACUUUAUUUAUAUAUUUUUAGAUAAAAACAUGAAGCUGCAUAAGUAAGGAUUCCAAAAAACACUGAAAGGACUUUUCUAUUUUUAUAUUUUGGUCUGCUUUUGCAUUAGUUGAUUGAAUCAGUCAGUCAGUAAAAUUGAUCAGUUUUGAGUCCUUUGAGUACAGAAAACAAACCUCUGCAGAUUAUGACUACAGCUGUGAGGAGCAGCUUUCUCUUACCAUUUAAUUUAUUUCUGACUCUUGUGAUUGCUGAUGGCCUGUGAUUGUUUUACCUUUUGACAGCUUAGAGAUUGUAAAUAAAAAGAAGUGAGUUAAAGGAAUAGUUCAUCAUCAUGAGAAAUAAGCUCGGGGUCUCAGAGACCCUGCACUUAAUCCUCUGAAACUGAUUUGGUUGCACUUUAUUUUAAGUUGCACUGAUGAGACUUGAUGAGACUUAAUGAGACGGCGGUAAGUUGCACUCUGCCCUUUGGCCCCACGUGCAAACAGAGGAGGGUGCCCAGCUCAUCAGUCUCAGGAUCAUGAUGUAUGGCCCUUCUGGCUUCAUCGGGUGAUAAUGUUCAGCUUGCUCCGGGGCAGACAGCAGCAAAGAGUGAAGAAGCCCUCAGGUUCUCAGCUCGUCCGCGGCUGUUUAGGAGCUGCUGCUCCAAGUGGAGCAUUUCAUGCAUGUCGGGGUCUUAUUCACGAGUGGAGUGUCUGCAGCGACUGCUGUGGGUCAUUUCCAUUCCUAUCCUCACCUUUGGCCACGGGCUCUGAGUACUGACUGAAAGAAGGAGCUCACAGCAGCUUCUUCCAGAGGGUGUCCUGGCCCCCCCACAGAGACGGUGUGAGGAGCUCGGUCAUUCAGGAGUGACUCAGAGCAGAGCCGUUACUCCUCCACAUGGAAAGGAGCCAGUUAAGAUGGUUCAGCCAUCUGACCGGGAUGCUUCUUGGAUCCCUCCUAGGUGAGGUGUUUCAGGAAUGUCCAGCCAGGACCCCCCGUUGUGAAGUUUGUGAAUGGUACUUCCUCAACACUCAGGUAAACGCAGCCGGGGCAGCUGGAUCUUCAUACCAUUAGAUGCUCCUUAGAGAUUCUGAUGGUGCGUUCACAGCGAGCACACCAUCACUGAGGAACUGGACUGUUAAAAAAAGUCAGGUUAAGGUGGUGUGGGGCUUGUUGUGCAGUAUUUGUGAUUCAUGAAAUAAAGGCCAAACGUUCAUAGGACCAAACAGACUGACUGUAUUAUAACAGUAUAGGCAGAUAUUAACCAGAUAAUUAUGGGAUCAAAGAUACAUGGCUAAUUUUCCCUGGCUGUAAAAAAAAAAAAAGGCUGAUUUGGCCAGUUAGGAUCAUAUUAGUGUGGCCUAAAAUAAAGUGCGACCACAAAUCUCACUUGAUUCCCUCUUAAUGAAAGUUUCCCACGCUGGUCUUGAUGCUGACUCUAAAUGUUUGUGGAUCAUGGCUAAAAACGCUGACUCAGCUGUCAUCGAGUCCACAGUCCAACAAAAUCAAUAAACAAUCAGGCAGCAUCUUCUUUGUGUUUCUAGCUUUGCAAACAAAGCGAUUGUGACCCUUCGUGAUCUCCGCAGAGAGUUUGCUCGGCCCGUCGGCCCGCUCUCACCUCCGCCUGCGCUUACUUUAUUUUUGAGGCCUGGUGAAAGGUUGAAAGCAAUCUCUCUGAGGCGGACACGGGAGGCUUGAAGAGUCUAUGACUUUAUCACCUCUAGAUAAACAUGUCAAUACUGGAUCAUUCACUCUGUGCAGAUCAAUUACAGGAGGUUCAAAAUAUAGUUCUGAAUUAACAGAAACUGAACUGAUGACUGUCGAGAGGUGCUGGGAUAGAAAUAUCCUGGCCUGUAAAUCAGCAUGGGCUGCGCUCUCACCUGUGACCAUUUCUUAUUACGACUUCACCUGAUGGACUUCUUGUUUCCUCUCACUGCACUAAAGGGAUUUUCCCUUGCGGUGUGAAAUUCUGCCCAAUCAGACAUGCACGCAUAAAUAAGGAAGCAACCAAAAUUAAAUUUCUUUUAACCUAAGUGGGUUUUCUGCUAGUACGGCAGCAAUUUAAGCACCUGAGUAACUUCCUUUAUUUCUAUUUAUAAAUGUAUGAAAUAAAUAAUCAUCAUACGCCUCUCAAAGUGUUCAUUUACACUUGAUCGUGCAUCAGUGCCAAGCAAUUACUGCAUGCAUGAAAGAGGAAAUGUCUCAUUAAUGAUGACAUAAUAUCAGGCAGUAAAACUGCAAAGAGGAAGAUAAAAACUCCUCUGCCAGCAGCACCAAAACACUGCAAAGGAAUCACACCAAUAUUAACUGGUCUCAGAAAAAAUCUAUCAGCAGUAGAUGGGGAAACUGAACUGAACAUAAAUGUGGCAUAGAUCAGAUAUUCCCAUCUAAAGCUUAUUGAAGUGGGGACACACCGGCUUAUUCCGAAAGAAAAAUCGGGAUCCCGCCACCCUCCGUGAUCCAGAACAAACCAAAGCUGGACGAUAAGCAAAAGCAGCAAAUGUAACAUUACAUGUAGGUAAAAAGGGGACCCUGCAUGUACUAUAACCUCUUUAAUCAGCCACCUUUCCCACAUGGUAGCAGGACUGUAUGAAACUUUGUUUCUGUCCCCCUCACAGACAUUAAACCAGCAGUUUUCCUACUGAAACUAUGAUGUUUCACAUGAGACUGAAGCAUGAAUUUGGUCACAGAAAAGUGGGGAUAAAACUGAUUUGGUCGCAGGUUUUAUCAGAGCUCAAGUGUGUCUUUAUACUUAUAAAGUUCUGAGAUUUGAAAUGGGCCUGUAAAUUUGCACGUAUUCAUUAAAACACAAUCAGCUGAAGGUGGGAUCGCUCACAGAGUUUUCCUGCUGUGUGUUUCUAUAAAUUUGCUCUCAGUCUGAUUAUAUGAGAACAUCAUAUAACUGAUCUUUGUGGCCUCUUCACGCCUCCUGUGUGCUGCGAUAGAUGGAGCUGGCUGUGUGGCCUUUGUGCUGCCGUCUCCAUGCAUCACUGUGACAGGCUUCGCCCACUGCCUCGACCGAACAGCUGAAUCGAGCUACUCCGACUUUCAAACCUUUCCUUUUAAAAACGUGUUAAUGUCAGUCUGACACGUGUGAAGCGGCUCCCUCGCAGCGAAGGCGUCUCUGCCGCGGCCGUUUUCUGUUACAGCAGUAGGAAGCGCAUGGCACUGUGGUGAACUCGUGCACUAGAAAACCCUGUACUCACUAGCGUUAUAAAAGAAGCCAUAGAUAAUCUGUUAUAGCCAUACUAGUGAUAAAGUAUCUGUAUUUUGACUUUAGUGACUCAUAUUCGGUGAGCUCUACUGAUAACAAGGCAAUAAAAAAGAGGACAAAAAGCCCUGAUGUUGUUCUCCUGCUCCUGGCAAUGCUGGAAGGUGCCUGCAGGCUUUAAAGAGGAACUUAACACUAAACCAUCUUUUGAUUAAGAGCAUCUUAUAUACAGUGAUGUUUACUGUACAGAUCACUGAUGGGGUUUUCAGACACAUAUUGACACCCUGAGCCCCAGACAUCCAUGGAUGUGCUUUUCUGGCCUAAAUCUGGUCAGUGUGUUAAAGACUGAUAUCUAAUUAUCUCAUUAAUUUGAGCAGUUCAUUUUCAUAAUUAGAACAAAAACCAGCUGUUUUACACCUGAAAUUUACCCACAGGAUCAAUUUCAGAGGAUUUAUUUCUGUGUUUUUACUAUAACGAGAGCCGAAUUUACAACUUAAAAACUUCUUCAGAGCCUCUUUGUCCUAUUUUUAAUGUAAAACACCAGAUAAUUACAACAACACAUUUAUUACGGCAUACCAAAGGAGCUUCAUGUCAUAUUCAAGGCCUGAGAGAAAACCCAAAGAGACACAGCAACAAAUGGAUAAAAUCAAAGUGGAAAUUUAUUUACUUUUGGAAAGAUUUGGGGGGAAUGACAUGCAGGAAGUGACCUGGGCUGGACUCAAUCCCAGGCCCCUGCAGUAGCCUCUGGCAUACCUGCUCAACCAGGUGAGCUCUAGCAGUGCCAGAGUGGACCAAUAAUGGUGGCAGCACCAGUAAAAAAAAAAUGACAUGAACCCAGGAUUCAUCUUUUCAAUGACCCAAAGUACCUGUUCUACCUUAUUACCUCACCUUCUAUUCAUACCCGUGGAGCAGUGGUUAGCACCAUCACCUCACAGCAGGAGGGCACAGAAGUGUGUGCGUGGCUCUCUCCGGGUACUCCAGCUUCCUCCCACAGUCCAAAGACAUGCAUGGGGUUAGGUUAAAUGGCCACACUAAACCGGUCCUAAAUGUGAAUGUCGUGAAUGGUUGUCUGUCUCUGUGUCAGACCUGUCUGCUGGAUGGGGGGGAUUUUAGCUUCUAGGUUCCCCCAAUAAAGAAAGCAUUGCAUCAUACUUGUUUUGCAGUUAUUUGAUCAUGGGACAUCAGUCUGGAUUGUGGAAAGAGGAUGUUGUCGGGGUGUUAAGUUGCUCUUUAACAGGACCGUAUCUCUGUGCAGGACACUGAACGCUCUACUUGCUGUCAGCUAAAUUAGGAACCAUAACAGGGCAGUCAGGUGGUUUAGCUGUUGUAGCACUUUAAGUUUAUGCUGCUGAAUGUUACAUGUUACUUCUGUGUCAGUACUAUAUGUAUUUAUGUGCUCUAUGUAUGUACGUGAAGCAUCCUGACCGGGAAUGUCAGUCUGUACACAUGUACUCUAUAACAACAUGCAAAUCAUCCGUGGUUUAAUGUAUUCUUUGUUGUCAAUAAAUACAA